UUGUAGACUGACGUGUCUGCACUUCCUCCGCAGCUCGACGGCUGGGGACCGUGAUGGCGGACGCCUGGGAGGAGAUCCGGCGGCUGGCGGCUGACUUCCAGCGGGCGCAGUUCGCGGAGGCCUCGCAGAGAUUGUCAGAACGGAAUUGCAUUGAAAUCGUAACUAAAUUGAUCGCUCAGAAACAGCUAGAAGUGGUUCACACUCUUGAUGGAAAAGAAUAUAUCACUCCAGCCCAAAUUAGUAAAGAAAUGAGAGAUGAACUGCAUGUCCGAGGUGGUCGAGUAAACAUUGUUGAUCUACAACAGGUUAUUAAUGUGGACUUGACUCAUAUUGAAAAUAGAAUUAGUGACAUCAUUAAAUCAGAAAAGCAUGUUCAGCUAGUGUUGGGACAGCUGAUCGAUGAGAACUAUUUAAAUCGAUUAGCAGAAGAGGUGAAUGAUAAAUUGCAAGAAAGUGGUCAGGUAACCAUAUCAGAACUGUGCAAAACCUAUGAUCUUCCUGGAAACUUUCUGACACAGGCACUGACUCAUCGACUGGGUAAAAUUAUUAAUGGACACAUUGAUCUUGAUAACAGAGGAGUAAUUUUUACUGAAGCUUUUGUUUCUCGGCAUAAAGCACGCAUUCGUGGACUCUUCAGUGCUGUUACCCGGCCUACAGCAGUGAAUUCUUUGAUUUUGAAAUAUGGCUUUCAGGAGCAGCUUCUUUACUCUGUGCUUGAGGAACUUGUUAAUAGCGGACGUGUACGAGGCACUGUGGUUGGUGGGAGACAGGAUAAGGCAGUGUUUGUUCCUGAUAUCUACUCCAAAACACAAAGUACUUGGGUGGAUUCCUUUUUCAGGCAGAAUGGCUACCUAGAAUUUGAUGCGUUAUUGAGACUUGGAAUUCCAGAUGCUAUAAGUUACAUAAAGAAAAGAUAUAAGACUGCACAGCUUUUGUUUUUGAAAGCAGCUUGUGUUGGUCAAGGUCUUGUGGAUCAGGUGGAAGCUUCAGUAGAAGAAGCCAUCAGUUCUGGAACAUGGGUUGAUAUUGCACCUCUGCUACCCACUUCAUUAUCAGUUGAAGAUGCUUCAAUAUUGCUGCAACAGGUGAUGAGAUCAUUCAACAAACAGGCUUCAGCUGUAGUCUUUAAAGACACUAUGGUAGUUAGUGAAAAAUUUAUAAAUGACUGUAUGGAACUCUUCAAUGAAUUGAUGCACCAAAAAGCUGAAAAGGAAAUGAAAAAUAAUCCUGUGCACCUAAUCACUGAAGAAGAUCUGAAACAGGUUUCUGUCUUAGAAAGCAGUACAAGUAAGAAGGAUAAAAAAGAUGAACGAAGAAGGAAAGCAACAGAGGGCAGUGGAAGUGUAAGAGGAGGAAGUGGUAGCAAUGCCAGAGAGUAUAAAAUAAGAAAAAACAAGAAAAAAGGAAGAAAAGAUGAUGAUAGUGGUGAUGAGUCAUCUCACACUGGAAAAAAGAAACCAGAGGUCACUUUUAUGUUUCAGGAUGAGAUUGAAGAUUUUUUAAGAAGACGCAUACAAGAUGCUCCUGAUGAGUUUCUUUAUGAACUUGCCGAAUACUUGAUAAAACCUCUUAAUAAAGCUUAUCUUGAGGUGGUACGUUCAGUAUUCAUGUCUUCAACAUCUGCCUCUGGAACUGGCCGAAAACGUACAAUCAAGGACUUACAAGAAGAGGUUUCAAACCUGUAUAAUAAUAUUAGGUUAUUUGAAAAAGGGAUGAAGUUUUUUACAGAUGAUACACAGGCUGCUCUUACAAAGCACUUGCUGAAAACAGUGUGUACUGAUAUCACUAACAUUAUUUUCAACUUCUUAGCUUCGGAUUUAAUGAUGGCAGUAGAUGAUCCUACAUCUAUUACAAGUGAAGUGAGAAAAAAAAUUUUAACUAAAUUGUCUGAAGAAACCAAAAUAGCUCUCACAAAACUCCACAGUUCCCUGAAUGAGAAGAGCAUAGAAGACUUUCUAUCUUGUCUGGAUUCUGCAGCAGAAGCUUGUGAUAUUAUGAUGAAAAGGGGUGACAAAAAAAGGGAAAGGCAGAUACUAUUCCAGCAUCGACAAGCACUGGCUGAACAACUAAAGGUCACAGAAGACCCUGCUCUGAUUCUUCACCUCACAUCAGUACUGUUGUUUCAGUUCUCAACCCACAGCAUGCUUCAUGCACCUGGAAGAUGUGUCCCACAGAUCAUUGCUUUUCUGAAUAAAAAAAUUCCAGAGGAUCAGCAUACUCUUUUGGUCAAAUAUCAAGGCUUGGUUGUAAAGCAGCUAGUUAAUCAGAAUAAGAGGACUGGGCAGGGAGAUGAUCUUCUAAAUGAGGAAUUAGACAAAGAACCAUAUGAUGUCACCAGUGAUAGUCGUAAAGAACUCCAAGAACUUUCUUCAUCCAUUAAAGAUCUUGUCCUCAAAUCCAGGAAAUCCUCUGUGACAGAAGAGUAAUUUUUGUUAUUAGACUUUUUCAUAUAUAAAUAUUUCCCAAAAAUAUGAGAGGUUACAAAUAAGGAGUUUAUAACUUUUGAUUCUCCUAAUAGAUACCUCUCCUACACAGAAUUCAUU